UUAAUGUUGGUAAAGACGUUUGAUUUUCAAUAUGGCUGCGCUUAUGUAUUAAUUUUAUUAUGAUUUUUGAUUUGGCGAAGCAAUAUUAUAUUUCUAGAUUAAUUUCGAUUACAAAAUAUAUAUAUAUAAAUGUUUUCGUUAUCGGUCAUGAUAUUUUAUCGCCCCAACAGGUGUUAUCAACUGACGAAAUGUUCUUGCGAUAGUGGUAGGGUAUUAAGAAUUGAGAAAGCAUUUGGCAGCAUAAUCUUAUUUGACGCUAUUUCUGUGACGUAAAAAAGAUCAACUGGGAACUCUAUGACGAUGAAUAAAUUGAGACUGGGGUCAGAUUACAUUCCCCUCACUGAAGAAGACAUGUUGAAAGUUCGAGCGAUUAUUUCAUUUUCGAGACUAGCUUGGGUUACUGUAUCUAUACCAUUGUUUGCAUUUAUUUUCUGUAUUAUUUGGUCUGUACUUUAUAAUUUUGAACAUGCCACUGCAACCCACUGUAAGGUCUACAAUUUUCUUCCAUCAGUUUCUGCAACGAUCGGCCAUUACAGACCUCAAAGAGAUGUUUGGAAAUUGGCGAUUGCUAUACAAAGUGUAACUAGAAUGUUAGUUUUAAUUAUGUAUUAUCGUUAUUAUAAAGAACAUGUAUAUAAAUGGGCACGAUAUAUCAGUAAUAUUGUCUUAUCUACAUAUAUUGUCGAAAAUAUAUCUCUAAUAACUCUAAGCUUCUGGACUUCAGACUCAAACUAUGCAUUUCACAAAUUAUCUUUUAUAACAUUUUUAUUAAUGUCUUCUAUUCAUAUGCCAUUAUCAUACUUUGUUAUGAAGAAUUGUUGUAACGUAACCAGAGAUUUUUAUGAAACUGCAUCUAUAAGAUGGAAAUGGAGGGCAAUGAUGUCAAAUGUGUUGUCCAUAUUAUUAGCAUGUUAUUUUUUUUAUAGGCAUAAUAAAUAUUGCGAACCAUUAGUAUAUUCGAUGUUCGCUUUGAGUGAAUACGGUGUUGUUCUCUCAAAUAUGAUGUUUCAUUCGACAGCUGCAUGGGACUUUGCAACAUCUAGAGUUUUGAUAUCAGGGAAUGGUAUUAGAUUGAUUUAAAUUAUCAAAUUAUUUUGGAAUACACAUUUAUAAUUACAUUUUAGAUAUUUGAAA